GAGCAGCGCCCGCCCUCCCGCUGCAGACGGACGUCGAGGCGGCGAUGAGGCUCCCGCUGGCUCUCGCCGUGCUCCUCCUGGCCUCGGCGCAGGCGUUGGGCGAGGAGAUGGGAACCACCGACGAUCUCAGCUACUGGUCCGACUGGUCCGACGGUGACCAGGCGAAGGAGGAGCUGCCGCUGCCCCUGGAGCAUUUCCUGCAGAGGAUGGCCCGGAGACCCCGGCCCCAGCAGUUCUUCGGCCUCAUGGGCAAGAGGGAUGCCGGAUAUGGCCCGAUCUCUCACAAAAGGCAUAAAACAGACUCCUUUGUUGGACUUAUGGGCAAAAGAUCUUUAAAUUCUGGGUCCUCUGAAGGGAGCAUAGCACAGAACUACGAACGGAGGCGUAAAUGAGACAUUCCCGUGCAUUAUUUAUUAAACUUCAUUUGUUCUAAUGGCCAAUGCAGUGUAAUAUAAACUAACCACUGUAUGAAUUAAUUAUUUAUUUAAUAAUUGAAGGGGGUUGGUUUUUUUUUUUUUUUUUUAGUUGUACAUUCAAUAAAGCUAUUAUUUUUCAUAUCGUGGCAGUGACACGUGUUGUGUAGGUGUGUUGUGGUUCUGAAAGGACCAGCAACCCUGGUGAUGUCUCACAACAAAGCACAUUGUUUGAUAUGACCCGUGAAGUUAUGUUUACUGAAGAAGCAAGUAUUCUUUUGUUCAUUGAAAGCGAGUCUAUCAGCUUCACAGCUAGUGCAGAACAGAACUGAUGUUCAGUCUAGUGCCUCAAUUUGUUUUCAUGGUUUAUAAUGUACUGUAAUUUCUGUAUCAAAAAAUAUAUUUGUAUCACUGCAGCAUGUUUUAUGUUCUGUGAUUAUGUAUCUGUAUCUUUUGAAAAGGGGGAUGAGUAAUGUUUGAAUGGGAAUCCAAGGUCUUAAUUUCAUAGUCUGGAAUUUUAUGAUAGUAACAUUUUAAAUAAAAACUACUCUGGGGCUUUUGCAACAUACUUCCUUUGGUGAUAGUGAUGGAGUUAUUUCCCACGCUGGUCUGGAAUGAGAUUUGGAUCCAAGCAACAGUGGUCUGAGACUGUAGGAAAGUAUCAGAUUAAUGAUUUCCUUUUGCAGAGAGGCUGUAAGYCUCCUCGGGUGUUUGGUGAAUGUUUGAGGGAUUUGUUGCUGAAGGUAGGAGUUCCUGGGAUUGCUCCAGGUCACACAAGGUGCUGUUCAUUCUAAACCCAAUGGAAAUCAUGGAAUGUAUUGACUGAAUGGAAAGGGCAUGAUGGAUCCCCGUGCUCCAAGGGGAAUAAUUUGCUGUGGAAUUAAUCCAAUAUUGUAGGUUGAUUAUUCGAAAGCCAAGCUCUUAAUAAAUUYUGUCCCUCAGAUUUACAAUAAAAGUA